AUGCUUGUUGCUGCUGGUGCCGAUGUCAACAGGUCUUUCCUAUCAGGAAAGCGUGCUCGGACACCUCUCCAAGCAGCCGCGGGUGCUGGGCUGCUAUCGAUAGUCCUAGCCUUGAUCGAAGCAGGCGCUCGUGUAGACAAUGAAGGAGCAAGCAGCGGCGGAGUCACAGCGCGGCAGGCUGCUGCCAUCGGAGCCCAUGUCAACGUUGCGCGAUUGGUUAUCAGGCUUGGUGCUCGAGUUGACGCCCCUCGCGCACCGACUGAUGAGCGGACGGCCCUCGAGGGCGCAGCUCAGCACGGCCAUAUCGACAUGGUGCAGUUGCUUUUAAACUCUGGAGCUGAAAUCGACGAGUCUGAUACUGAAGGACAGUACCACCAGGCGCUGGACUUUGCUUAUAGCGAGGGCCAUCUCGCUAUUUGGCGCCUUCUGAAACGCUCUUAUAACCGGAUCAACAAUGUCAAUCCAUCGAUAUCUUUUGCAUAUGUUGCUGAUGGCGCAAAUGGAACCAAUAUCACGACCUUUGUGAAAAGCACAGGAAGAAGGACCCGACUCUACACCAACUGUCUCGCUGAUCGACAACCAAGUCAUAUUAUCGAAACCAGCUCUCAUCCAGGCGGAAGCGGGCUUGCUACAUGA